GGUGGCACGUCAGAAACCCGCUUCUCUUCUCAUGCCGCGCCGUGUGAAUUGGAGCAGGGUCUUUGCGCCACUUGUGCGCCCGUGGCGUGUGGUCCGCCCCGCCCAUCGGAACUCGUUCUUGAGCAGGCGUGUCGGACUUUUUGGAAUCCGAAAGUUUUCACCUCUCGGCCCAGUGUGGCACGGGCUCUUGUUUCUCUGGCGACACCCACUGGGUCGCUAUUUAAGCCGGAGUCGCCCACCAUCCUGUCAUCAGUCAGCUCGGGAGCACAAACGAGACCCGGGCCGGCCUCCUGCCACGGGAACCGAGUCAGUCCAGCGUCCGAGGGAGGGAAGCGCAGCCCGCGAGGCACCAUGUCCGUCAGAGCUCCGGCGACGCUGUCGUUUCUUCUGCUCGCGCUCUCGCUCGCGGCGAGCCUGGCCCCGGAGUGCUCGCAGCCCUGCGCCUGCCCCGCGGCCCCCCCUCCCUGCCCGAUCGGCACCAGCUUGGUGCUGGAUGGCUGCGGUUGCUGCAAAGUGUGUGCCAGGCAGAUAGGGGAGCCCUGCAACCUGCUGGAGCCCUGCGACCACCACAAGGAGCUCUACUGUGACUACGCGCUGCUGAGCGACACUGACACUGGCAUCUGCAUGGCUCAAGAGGGUCAGCCAUGUGACCUGGGCGGCGUCAUCUACCGCAGCGGCGAGUCCUUCCAACCGAGCUGCAAACACCAAUGCGUGUGCAUGAACGGCGAGAUCGGAUGUGUGCCGACGUGCCCCGGCGUUGUCCGAUUCCCAUCCCCCGACUGUCCGUAUCCUCGCCGCGUCCGCAUCCCGGGAAGAUGCUGCGAGGAGUGGGCCUGCGACCAGACGCCUCAGGACCACCACUAUGAGUCGGUGAUGGGCGGAGCUUCUCAGAUUCAUCCGCUGCCCUCUUCGCAACCCAUCGCAGGCUUCGGGGAGGCGGCCCUUCAAGAUCUGGAACCGGAGAGUCCCAGAGAGAACUGCAUCGUCCAGACGACAGAGUGGAACGAGUGCUCGGUCACCUGCGGCAUGGGCGUCUCAUCCCGCGUCACCAACGACAACCAACGUUGUCAGCUGGAGAGACAGACGAGGCUCUGUCUGAUUCGGCCCUGCGACAGCCAGCAGGAGAAAGAAAUUAAGCGCGGCAAGAAAUGCGUGCGGACGCCGAAGGCCCGGCAAGGAAUGCGCUUCGAGCUGUCAGGCUGCGCCAGCGCCAGGUCGUACAGAGCAAAGUUCUGCGGCGUUUGUACCGACGGCCGAUGCUGCACACCUCACGCCAGCGUCACCGCCGAGGUGGAGUUCCGCUGUCCGGAGGGAGACGUCUUCCGGAAAAAGAUGAUGUUCAUCAAGACGUGCUCCUGCCAUCUCGACUGCCCCAGAGACAACGACAUCUUCUUGGCUUCCAACACGCGCAGGAUGCUCGGCGACUACCAGCGCCACAUGUGAUA